AUGUCGGUCGCUGAGCAAGUCGACCACGAAGCGCAGACGACGCGGUCCUGCGUACCGAUCGCGUCGCUGUACCAGCCCGUCCAGGUCGGCCAAAUCGGAUGUGGACAUGCCGGCACGUCGACCUUUUUCCGCUGGCCCAUUCUCGGGGCGCUGCUCUUUGAUAAUGAGAGCAGCGACGCGCGCGACCACUGCGCCAACGAACGCACAUUUCUUUCCUACCUGCGGCUGUCGGUGCUCAUGGCCAUUGUCUCCAUGGCCAUGACGCUGUCGUUUCACCUCAAGCAGCAGCCCACAGCCCUCGAGCGGCAGAUUGCCAAGCCGCUCGGCGCCAUCUUUUGGGUGCUGGCGGUGCUCACCCUGGCGGUGGGCAUAUCAAACUAUAUACGAACCGUCAAUUUGUAUAGCCAGCGAGCCGCCAUUGUGCAGUCUGGAUGGAGAACACAAACGGUUCUUGGUGUUCUCUCGGCCUGUAUAUUUGCUACUUGCCUGGUGCUGCUCGUCACCAACAGAUUGAGAGAUUCUGCAAGAGCAUUAGAAUAA